AUGGGGGCACGGCACGAUAGAUCCAGUAGGAGCUGCGGAUGCGAUGCACAAACAAGUCACGUUGUCACUAGGAAUGGCCUCACCCCUUUGUCCCUUUGUUUCUACCGAGGGAAAAAGUUUGUCGUUCCCGUCCCAGUUUUCCUUUUCUCCGGGUUUGUGGAUCAAUUCGGUCUGUGGUCGAUCGGUUUUGCGGAAUUUCAACAGAGAUACAGUCGGUCGGAGUGCACUACGACGCUAGUGGUGAAUGGACUUAUGGAACAGACUCUCCUGCGACACGGAAUGAUUCGAACCCAAGAAGGGGAAGUCAAACGAUCGUUGUGCGACCAAAGUAGCUUACAAACUUCACGCCGACCGGGAUUCCCGCCGCCCCUCGCGCCCGAACCGAAAACAAAUGGAUUGACAAUAUCUACCGUCGCCCAUUUCCGUAAACGUUCCGCCCUGCCUCUCGGCGUACCCAUCAACCAGCAACUCCUACUAAUGAAUGAAGAAACGGCAAGGACCGUGAGGCACGAGAGUCCCGACCCGGAGAAUCCCGGAACACCUCCCGACACGUCGGAACGCUUCGCGGCAGCCGUCGCAGCGCACGCGGGUCCCCGCCGACGCACCUUUGGUACACACCAGACGUCUGUGGUCGCUCACACGGCUCCUGCCCUCUCACCGUCGCUCGUGGAUCUCCACACGGCUGAUCUCCGCGUGACGGGGAACCCCCACGCCGACGACGCCGAGUCUGCGGAAUGCCACAAUCACGUCCGCAACCUAGGAACGUCCGUCGGAGCUCUCCUCCACUCGGACCCUGACGACGACGAGGUGUCUCUCACGGAAUCGCGGACCGCAACUCGUGUUCACGAGGAGUUGCACGACGACGAGACACCGACGUUGUUCGCCAAGGAGAGCGCGCCCCAAACUCCCGUCGGUCGCACUCCCCAGAGCCCAGCGCGCCCAACCUUGUCUGCUCCGCUUUCGCCGACGUUUCGUGCAGUAGCCAUGGAUGCCCUCCUCAUAUCCACUGAAGCACUGUACGCGCAGGUCCGUAACGCACAGGACGUUACCGUCAAGGAUAUUGUCCUCUCCUUGCAAGCGGAAUACGGUGGACUGGUCUUGACGAAACUGCAAAAGAAGGCCGUGCGGGAGCAUUUGACGACACUGAUUCAGCAACAACAGCAACAGCAACCACCAGACACCGAGUCUGAUGGCGACGACCGAGACGAUGAGAAAGAAGAAGAAGAAGACUCGGUCGGGGAGGUCGACAGCUCGGACGACGAAGUCGACGAGUCCUCGGAUUACGAAGAAGACCAAAAACCGAACCACUCCAAAGAGUGGAAACGGCGCGUUCCCGUAACACCCAAGCAACAUUCCACCGACACCUCCCACGCCAAAUCCUCACGUUCCUCCAGUUUGCGCAAGAAAAAGGUCAACCCCAAGACAUCUGCCGUCCGGAAACACGCCGAAAAGCUUCGUCAGCGGCGUAUGCAGGAACUCCGUGUCCGCAACGAAGAACUCCAGCUCGAAGAAGACCAGCGUUCGGCGCAAGAUCAGGAGCGGGCCGUGCAAAUUGCACAAAAAUUCGACACCAAUACGGAUGAACUCAAGCUAUUGCGGGUGCAGCACCGACUAGACUUGUUGCAAAAGCUAGACCAAACCCGGGUACGUGUAUUGCAAACCUCCAACACACUCGUCACUACCACCGCGCCCCGCACCGGGGAUGUUCACGAGACGACCGUCGCGGAAGACAGUACCACUCCCGUCGGCUCGGAGACUGACAAGGAUGACUCCGACGAGGACUCGGAACUCGAAAUUGUCGGAGCGUCCGAGACAUCCCCCAAGCUCUGGAAACAUCCACCGCCCAGACCCACCAACGAUCUCUUGGGGGAUCUUUUGAAUCGUGCUGAUGACGCAAACAACGCGAUGCACCCUCCACUACGGACUCGGAAGCCAGCGGCGUCGCCCGGCAGUGCGCGCGCGGCGCUCAAAGUUCGACUGGUAGCUCAGCGCCGUCGCAUGGGUAAUCUUUGGUUGGCACGGGAGUUGGGAUAUUCCAACGAAAAGGAGCAUUUAGACGAGUGUCUGGCGCUCGAACGACAAAAGCAAAAAGCUGUGCUACAACGGGAACAGGUGCGGCUCGUGGCCAACGAGCGCCAGGCGUUGCGGGCUACGCUCUUGCGUGAACAAGCAACGUCUGAAGCCAUCGAAGACGGCGAACAGGAUGACUCGGAUGAUGAGGCUUAUAUACCUGAAAACGACACUUUGACUGGGGGCCUUCCUAGCUUCCGAGAGGAAUCCGAAAAUGAAGAAGACGAAGAGCAAGUUAUGGCGCGAGAGAUUGAGUUUGAACAGGCUCCGGCUGUCCCCCCCGCUCUUUCAUCGCCUCCUGUCGAGUUGGCCAGAUCUGUCACGGCAGCGACAGACAUAGGAGACACGGCGGAAUCGGAAGAAAAAGACAACGCGCUUUCCGAAAUCCCUAUUGGUCCAGUACAGACCGAUAUCGUCUCAGACGAAGAGACAAACCGACAGGAAGACGACUUGGUCGACUCUGAGGAUGACUUUGAAACGCAAGGACGAUCGUCUCUAGUUUACAAAUCUGCUGCUCCAAAUGCCGAAGAAAAAUCAGCAGAGGCGCGCAUUUUGGCACUCUCGGGCGCACAGGUAGAAUCCGACAGCACAUCAAAUGUCACAGAAGAGCAGGACGAGACGAUUCAAGCCAAAGCAGCUUCUCCGGAGAAACCCAAGGGUCCCCGGAACAGUGCGUGGCAGGCAAUGCUUCGCAAGGAAGCCGAGCAGCUCAAAAAGAGUAAAAGAAACAAAAACGGGUUGGUUGAAGAAGAGGCUGACGAAGAAGAAGAGGAAGAGAUUGUUGGUUUGGAAGAUUUUGGGUUUAAGUUGCACAAGAAAAGCAAACAGGAGGAAGACGAGGACGAUGGUAACGACGAAGUCGACGAGGAUGAUCUAAAGCACGUCGUCGAUGAUCUCUCUGACGACGAGGGGGACGAAGAUGCCGGCAAGAAAGCACGCAUUGAAAUGCAACAGCAGGAAGAAAAGGAACGUCACAAAGAAAUGAUGCGUCGAAUGCGUGACGGACUGGAUGGACGCCGGGGAGGCAUUGCUACAGGUGGCGCAGGGGCUAGAGGGAUGCACCGAUUCGAUCAGCUCGUCGCCGCAGAUAAUAGGGAAAGUGCGAAGCGUCUUGGACUGUUAAAUGAUGACGAGUUGGAUAGUGAUAAUGAAGAGGGUAACAAGGACGCCACCGACGACGAAGAAGAUGAGACGGCACUCUUGGAUAAGAUGUUAAAGGACCGCUUCCUUCAUCGCAGUUCAGUUCAGCUCGAAGAAAAUUUUUCGGAUGACGACAGCGAGGACGACGAAGAACAGUCCUCGUUAAAGGAUGGGAGCGGGGAACAAGACGAAUUAGAAGAAAAGGAACAAGAGCGUUUGGCCAAACGCUUUGCGAAGAGGGCUCGGAUGCAGCGUCUAAUCGAAACUUAUGGUCACGACGAAGAAUUUUCCCAGUCUAAGCUGAUCGACGAAGAUGCCACACUGCAGAUUGAGUUGCAGCAGAUGAAGGCGAAACGGAUUGGCUCGCAAGAGGAGCCAGUCUUCAAUUUCUAG